CUUGCGUAAAAUGAAUGCCUCGCUCGAGGAUGCCGAAGAGAAGCAAAUCACGAGCCUUGCCGUCGAACACUGGCUCGACGAAUUACAGCAUGUUGCUUUUGAUGUCGAGGAUGUCGUCGACGACCUCGCCACCGAGGCUUUGCGGCGGAAAUUAACGGAGCACACUCGGCAGCCUUCGGCAAGCACUAAUAAGGUAUGGAAGUUUAUCGUCCCAUCGUGUUUCCGUGCUAUCAAUAUGAAUAUUAUUAAGUUUGAUGCCGAAAUCAAACCGAAAAUACAAGAAAUUACUGCAAGAUUGGAUGAGUUGGUGGUACAAAAGAGGAUUUUGAAGUUAGAAGAGAUUGUUAAAGGUGGGUCUGAGAAGGUGCUUCAGAGAGUCACUACUUCUCUUGUUGAUGAGUCUCGUGUUUAUGGUAGGGAAAGUGAUGCAGAUGCCGUUGUGAACUUGUUGAUGAUGGAUGGCGGAGAAAUUGGUGAAGGCAAAAUCGGUGUGGUUUCGAUUUUAGGUAUGGGAGGGUUAGGGAAAACUACUCUUGCUCAGUUAGUUUACAAGGAUGUUCGAAUUGAGGCUUCAUUCGAGUUGAGAGCCUGGGUGUGUGUCUCCGAGGAAUUCGAUGUUCUUAAGGUGACAAAGACCUUGAUUCAUGCUGUUGCUUCCGAUAUCGAUGAGUCGAAGGAUUGGAAUUCACUUCAAGUGCAGCUCGAGGAGGAGUUGCGGGGAAGAAAAUUUCUGAUUGUUUUAGAUGACAUGUGGAAUGAGAAUUAUGACCAUUGGGAUCUUCUAUGCAGACCCUUUGCUGCAGGGGCUGCCGGGAGUAAAAUACUGGUCACGACUCGGAAUGAAUCGGUUGCGGCUAGCUGUGGGGGAUGCCGGCACCAUUUGAAGAAACUGUCGAAUGAUGAUUGUCUCUUGAUAUUAACCUGUCAUGCUCUCAGAGCCAAGAAUUUCGAUGAAUACCCGAAUUUAAAAGCCGUUGGCGAGCGGAUAGUGGAAAGGUGCAAAGGGUUGCCACUUGCCGCUAAGACCUUGGGAGGACUACUUAGGACUAAAGUGAAUCAGGGUGAAUGGGAGGACAUACUGACGAGCAAGAUAUGGGAUUUGCCUGACAAAAGAACUGGCAUAAUGCCGGCUCUGAGAUUGAGCUACCUUCAUCUUCCUUCCCUUUUGAAACGAUGCUUUGCUUAUUGCGCCAUAUUCCCAAAGGAUAACGAAUUCGACAAGGACGAGCUGGUUCUCUUGUGGAUGGCGGAGGGUUUCUUACAACAGCCAAGAGGAGGUGCACGAAUGGAGGAUUUAGGUUCAAAAUGUUUUAACGAGUUACUCUCGCGAUCGUUUUUCCAACAAUCGAGCAGCAACCAAACGCAAUUUGUGAUGCAUGACCUCAUAAAUGACUUGGCUAAAUCCGUUUCCAGAGAUAUAUGCUUUAAUCUCGAGGACAUGGAUAUGCUUGAGGGUGAUAAGUUAUGCAUCGCUGUUGAAAGGAUUCGUUAUUUAGCAUUCACUCGUAAACAAUACGAUGUCGCAAAAAGAUUCGAAGUCCUCCGUCAGACGAAGAAAUUGAGAACGUUGGCUGCAUUACCUACUUGUAUGCCGACUUGGGGAGCUUGUUGCUAUUUGAGUGCUGAUGUCUUGCAGAAUAUGCUGUCAAGGUUGAGAUGCUUAAGAGUACUAUGUCUGAGUGGUUAUUCCAUUGGUGAGCUACCGAAUUCCAUCGGUCAUUUGAAGCAAUUACGCUACCUGAACUUGUCUCGCAGUCGAAUUAAACAGUUACCUCAAUCUGUGGGUUCGCUUAUCAACUUGCAAACGUUGAAGUUGCACGGCUGCACAGAACUUACUAAUUUGCCACGAGUUAUCGAAAAUCUGGUGAACCUGCAUGUUCUUGAUCUUGCCGGUACUAGUAAUUUACAGGAUAUGCCGUUUAAGAUCGGAAAAUUGAAGAAUCUUCAGAUUUUAUCCAAAUUAAUUGUUGGCAAGGGCAUUGGAUCUGCUGUUAGUGAAUUGAGGGGCUUGUUGAAUUUGCGGGGGAAGCUUUCCAUCUCGGGGUUGGAAAAUGUUGCAGAUUUCCGAGAUGCUAGCAAUGGGAACCUCAAGGACAAGGAUGGCUUAACCGAGUUGGAUCUGCAAUGGAGUGACGAGUCCCUUAAUUCUGAAAACGAGGAAGGUCAAAUGCAUGUUCUCGAAAGUCUGAUGCCUGGUAAGAAUAUGGAAAAACUGAGAAUUCUGUUCUAUGGUGGUAAAAUGUUUCCUUCUUGGUUAGGUGAUCCUUCAUUGACUAACAUAGUGUGGUUAGAACUCCUUAAUUGCAGAAACAGCAUAUUACUUCCAUCACUUGGGAGAUUACCCUCACUAAAAAUAUUGUCCAUAGUAGGAAUGGAUAGAGUCCAGAAGGUGGAUUUGACGUUUUAUGGACAUGGUUUUACAUGUGUUAAUCCUUUUCCAUCUUUGGAAAUUCUACGGUUUAAGGAUAUGUUGGAAUGGACGUGCUGGUCUUCUCCUAGCCGAGCUAAUGAAGACUCGGGGGAAGAAUUCCCUUGUCUCCGCGAGCUCACGGUAGAGAAUUGUCCCAAGUUGAUUGGAAAGUUACCUGGUCGUCUUCUUUCUCUCGUGAAACUUGUAAUUAAGCAUUGCCCGAAAUUAGAAUCUUCAUCGAUGAGUUUACCGUCUCUUAACGAGUUAAAUGUAGAAGAUUCCAAUGAAGAGUUGCUGGGUAGCAUUCUCGGCCCAUCCUCUUUAACAGCUGUCACAACCAAGGGUCUGCCUGUACUUCAGCAUCUUCAGAAUGGGGUUGUCCGGUCUUCGGGAGCACUUAGAGUUCUUUCCAUUUCCAGUUGCAUCGGAUUGACAUCAUUACAGGCGGCGGGUGAUAUUUUGUUGAAUAUUACUGCUGUAGAGCAUCUGAAAAUUAAGAACUGUUCACGGUUUUCUGAGACAGGGUUCUUUCCCAUGCUGAAACAUCUUACGCUCAAAGAUUGCCAGAGUCUAAAGUUUCUGCCUAGUGCAAUUACGAUGCUUAGUUGUCCUCUCGAAGAAUUGGAGAUCGAAGAUUGUCCGGCUCUCACAUUUUUUGCAAAUGGCAGGUUACCGACUGUACUUCGACGUUUGAAAAUCAGGUUCUGUGAAGCUCUAGUUUCUCUACCACAGGGACUGAUGCAGAUCGAUAACAGCACAAGCAACGUAUCUCAUCUCGAGAACUUGGAGAUCGUCGGUUGCCCUUCUCUCAUUUCAUUUCCAGAAGGCAAAUUUCCCAGCAGCCUUAAAAUACUUAAGAUAUGGAGAUGCUUUCGAUUGGAACCCCUUUCUGAUACGAUGCUGCCCAAAAAUGGGUCACUCGAGCUCAUUAGUGUCUUUAAUUGCUCGACAAUGACAUGCUUGCCCGGGUGCAUAAACUGUCUCACGCAUCUGACUGAAUUGAACUUACACAAGUGUACUGCUCUAAAAUACUUCCCAGAAACCGGCUUGCAAUUUCCCAACCUGAGAAAACUUGAUAUCUACGAGUGCAGCAGUCUCAAGUCCCUUCCUGAUCAGAUGUUAAGUCUCACCUCCCUUAAUUAUUUAACAAUCGGUGAGUGUCCUGGUCUUGUGUCAUUUCCCAAAGCUGGCUGGCCUCCUAACCUAUUGGCACUCAAGAUCUGGAACUGUGAAAAUCUUAAGCAACCGUUGUCGGAAUGGAACCUGCACGAUCUGGCCUCUCUCAGCGAUUUGACCAUUGCCGGUGCACCUGAUAUAGUUUCCUUUCCAGAUGAAAUGUGCCUGCUUCCCACAAGUCUAAUGUCUAUGUAUAUAUCAAGACUUCAUAAUUUGCGAUCUCUGUCCGUGCGGCUCUGUGAUCUGACCUUGCUUAAAGAGCUGGAAAUCUCCGAGUGUCCUAAACUUCAGUGCUUACCGAAGGAAGGCUUACCUGCAGACCUUGGAAGAUUUUGCAUCAGGGACUGUCAACUUCUGAAACUACAUUGUUUGGAAGGUAAAGGGGCAUACUGGCCUAUGAUAUCUCACAUCCCAUGUCUGGAAAUAGAAUCCACUGAUGAUUAAGGGUCAGAUGUUCUAGUUUUGUAUUUUUCUCAAAUAGAACUGAAACUGUUCCUGGUCAACCACCAUGC